GAAAAGUAUAGUCAACAAUCACAAAAACACAUGUGAAUCGCAAGUAUUUCACCGAGAAGAGCCUCUUUCUUCGCUUCGAGGUGAAUAAAUCAUUCUUUAACGUUAAUACCACACCACUCUUGAUGGACGAUCACUUAUCAGAAGAAGACGUCAAACCGGCGUUAGGCGCUCUCUCUCAACUUUUGGACUACUCCAGUGAUUCAGAUGUGCAAGUAAUUGAGGUGGAUCAUCCCCCGCUCCAUGCGGUGGUUCCCCCGUCCAAAUCCAUCACCAAUGAAGAGGUGGUGCGCAGUUUCUUGGACGAGCUUCUCUUCCACGAUGUCAUCCAAGGCCUCAGUCACAUCAAGACAGAACCCGUAAACGAAUCGAAAGUAGCUGAUGAAGUCCAAGUCAUCGACUUCAAUCCAUUGGAGUAUCGCCCCAUUAAGCGCGAACUCAUUUGGGACGAAGAGAGUUUGGCCGAGUCCGUUUGUUCCGUGGUGUCUUCAUCGACCUCCAGCUCCAGUUCGUCUGACUCAGACGAAGCAGACGCGGGCGACGACGACGAUCAAGCCUUGAUCAGACCCAAGGGUCCAGCUCAGCCUUUGAAGACCAAGAAGGAGAAACUUCACGUGGACCUUCCUCCCAUUGAGGACCUACAAAUUAGCGUUCCCGCCCAAGAAUGCGUCCAGUUGGGCACGAUUAUAACGACGGUGGACGAUUUGGUGGUGGUGAAAGCUUUUCCUAGCACCCCGGCCAUUGACAUCGACUCAGUUUUAUUCUUGGAGGGAGGAACUCAGGCCUUGGGCAAAGUGUUCGAUGUUUUUGGCCCCGUGAGCCAGCCGUUCUACAGCGUGCGCUUCAAUUCCGGCGAUCACAUCAAGGAAAAGGCGAUCAAGAUCGACAGUCCCGUGUUUUACGCCCCUCGAACCGAGUAUGCCAAUUUCGUGUUUGUGGAACAGUUGAGGAAGCUCAAAGGAACUGACGCCUCUUGGCGACAUGAUGAAGAGCCGCCAGUACACAAACUGGACUUUUCCGACGACGAAGAAGAAAUCCGGCUCAAGCGUGAGGCCAAGCAGAAGAAACUCGGCUCUCUUCCAAUGAACCAACACAGCCAAGUACCGAGGAAGAAACCCUGUUCGACCCCGAGUAACCCGUUCUACCGACAACAAAAGCGUUACAAUCCUCGCGAUUUCGGUCCCAUUCGGUGGAAUUCUCAUCCCGUGGUGCCCACGUAUUCACCUUCCGUUCCACCUCCAAAUUCUCAUGGGCCUCGACAUUGGGGGCCUCAAUAUCCCCCUCAACAUCCGACAUCCAACUAUGACGCACAGAAUCAAUGGGAGGGUGUCAUGCGACCCCCGGCCUUCUCCGUGCCUCCCCCGUCAUUGCCCGCUACUGCACAUUCAAAUAGUCCAUCCGUUUUCAACGCAUUCUACUAUGGACAGCAAAGUGUGAUGCAAUCCAACCAUCAAUCGCCCCUGGGACCACCCCCGCCGCCUCCUCCUGGUCAUUGAAAGAGAGUUUACCAAAAGAAAAAUGUUCUGUCCCGUCCAUGUUUAUAGCAUUAAAAUACAAUCUGAAUUAAGA